AUUGGGCUGUGGAUCAACGAAUAUAAAUCAAUCAUUGAUUCAUUUUAAAAUUUAACAUCAAAACUAUUGUUGAUUUUUUUUAGUAUUCAAAUCAGUUUAGUUACAUUAAUUGCAUCAUUGUAAACUAUUGGAAUGUAUAGUCAAAAGUUAUUUUAUUGUUAUAGUGGAGUGUACAUGAUCCAUUUUAUUUUCUAUGCUAUUUUCAUGAGUGUCAUUUUAACAACUGGAAAUGCAAAUGAUUCGUUUACUGGUUCUACAUCUGAGUCAACUGAUAACCUUAGCGAUACAACAUUAUCAUCCACAACUUUGACAUUAAGUACAGAGACUGCUGAUGUUGCUUCAGUAGCAAGUACUGAUAUUGAUGUUACUGGCAAAACUAGCACCUCUACUCCAGUGGGAUCUGAAGGGACUAGGGACACUUCAUCAAGUACUGACAGUGUUUCGUCUGAGUCCUCUGAUAUAGAGUUGAAUGUUACACGACAAAGUAACAAAUCUGUGAUUGCCAAUGUGGUUGGAGAGGAGUCUUUGGAUGUAAGAACAACGGAGUCAGAGUCCUCGGUGAGUCUAAAGACUACUCUUCAAGAAAGUGAGACAAGUACCACGGAAAUUGUGUCUUCGAGCAUGGAAAGUGAACAGGAGAAAUACCGAACUACAGAUAAUCCUAAGAUAGUUACAAGUACGCCUGGAAUAAUGAAUGGUGUAUCAUCAUUGAAAAUUGCUCACAUUUUACACUUGUUAAUUCUAUUUACAUUACAUAUAGUUUAUUGAUAGUAAUGGAAUGGUGGACUAUUUGAUUAGCAUUUAAAAUAAUUCGUACGUAUCCCAGUUUCCGUAUAACAAAGAAUUUGUCAAAUUAUAAAAGACAUGCAAUUAUUAUUAUUAUUAUUAUUAUUAUUAUUAUUAUUAUUAUUAUUAUUAUUAUUA